AUUAAUAUUUGCGAACGCUUAACAACAACGAUAACGUCUUAUCCGCGAGCGAGCACAGCGCUAGAUUUUAAAUAAAGGGGGGGAUCGACACCCUUCUCCGAACAAAACUUACAUCCCGAAAACAAGCUGUAAUAUCGCGAAUAAUAUGCAAUACAUGCGCGGGAAUGCAUCAUCCGGAGAGCAAUGAACUAUCUACACGUAGAUUAUGCGCGACCCGCUAAUCGAAGUCCAGAUUUUCAGCGUGGUAUAAAAGGAUGUCAGGGAUGCGGACCAGCAUGCAGAAGCCUCUCGUGGCAGUGAGCGUUCAAUUUCCUCUCGUUUCGAGCUAAAGUGAUCUAACGCAAAAUCUUCAACAUGAAUAUUCUAUCCAACAAAAUCGCCCUCGUCACUGGCGCCUGCUCCGACCUCGGUAAGGCAAUCAUCGAGGAACUGGUGUCGCAGGGACUCAAAGUCGUCGGCCUCUCCAGCGAUAUAAACAAGCUGAAGAUUCUCGUGGAUGAGCUGAAGGGCAAACCCGGCAAGCUCUAUCCCCUUCAAUGCGACUUGAGCCUUCCGAACGAGAUCGAGGGCGCGGCGGAGUGGAUAGAGAAGAAUCUGGGUAGUGUGGACAUCCUGAUAAACAAUGCCAGCAUCAGCCUGAAUUGGUCCAGCAUCAACGGUGGCAUACAGGAGCUUAAGAAGAGUCUUGAUAUCAAUGUGCUCGGCUUAUCGUUGAUCACCAAGAAGAUUCUGCAGUUGUUGAAGAACAAGGGAAUCGAUAACGGCGCCAUCGUUAAUAUCAACGACAUAUGCGGUCUGAAAUUGUUGCCUCUCGCCUCCGACCGGCCCAUUUCCCCGGCAUACGCUCUCAGCAAGUCCGCGCUGGCCGCGUUGACCGAGAGUCUUCGUCUGGAAUUGGCCCAGAACCAGUCCAACAUCAAAGUGAUCAGUAUCUGCCCGGGCUUGGUGGAGAACGAGAUCAACCAGCAGUGGUUGAAGGAAAAUUCACGAUUGGCCCUGAAACCGAAAGACGUGGUCGACGCUAUUCUUUAUACGUUGCAGACUCCGGAGAACGUGCUUAUUAAGGAUCUCAUUAUUACGCCCAUUCGGGAGAUCAAUUGAGCUAGCACCGGACAAAAUCGUUGUCUACGAUGAACAUUGUAGUAUUUAGAGCACGUAUCUCGUGGCAAAUCAAAUAAAGAAUUAGCAAUUUUUAAA